ACAUACACGCAUGCAGACGUUCUCGAUAACAUUAUGGCUCGACGCAAAUACAAACGGGUUAUACCGAAGCGAUUUCUGGGUUAUUACGAGAACGAUGCCAAAAAAGAAUCCAAAAUUAUGCUAAAUUUGCUUCCGUACUGCCGCGCCGAGAGAAGGGUCAGUAUACGUCCAACAGUAAGCUGAGUUUGAUGGGCCCACCCGGCGAAUCAUACCGCUACCAGGAAAUUCUCGACCCGGAAACAAUGUCAAUCACCUAUCCGUUUUUUAUUGGAGAAAAACAGAAGAUAUUUGUGGAAGGAAAAGCGCUGGAGUACUCCUUUAAUGUGUACCAAACGGAGAACUCGACUGUCAUCAAAGGUGAAUUCGUGCAGACGAACGGCGAUGCAUCGUACACGAUUACCGGAGUUUUUGAUGGCGAAGGGAUCGAUAUGACAUAUAGCGGAAAUAAUGUGGUGGCAACUCGGCAUUACAAGCGCGCACUACCUAUCGAAAUCUAUGGAAAAUUUGAGUCCCUUACCGCGAAUUCCGAAAACUAUACAGAAUUCAGUUCUGUCUUCUUGGAUCCUGUUUUGGGUUCCGAGUCUGAUGCCGGUUCACGUGUCCGUUUUUAUCGAAAGAACGGCACGUAUCAUCAGGAGAUCAUCAACAUUUUGGGAAGCAAGGAGUCCGUAGAUAUUCCCUUUCACCUUGGUGUCCCAGUUUCCCAAGAAAUCGGCGGCAAGAACUUCGAAAUAACUUAUACGUACGACGGCGGAGAGAAUCCGAUACUUUUUAUUCACUUUGUUAACACAGAUGGCGACUUAAGCUUUAAAGUGCGCUAUACCGUAGAUGCGAGAGGAAUUGAAGCGUUUUACCGCCGCGAAACCAGCACCGCUUCAAUAACUGCUAGACGCUUUUUUCGUCGGCGUCUUCCUAGUAUAGUCUUCGGACGAUAUGAGUCCAUUGGAGCCUCGCCGAAUUUUAACAGCUUCGCUUAUUCCAUCCAUUUCCCGGAAAUUACACGGAAGACCAUCACGGAAUACGCUGAAGCGAAUGAUAGUUAUGUACAACGCUUUCAGUACGGCAUUGACAGUCCGUUUACCCACGUACCUUUCACUCUGGGAGAAAGCCAUGAUCAGCUGGUCAAAAGUAAAUGGUGGAUGGAGUACACCUAUUAUGCAUAUGAAGGCGAACGGACAUUCCUUAUUUCGAUUUUCAAAGAGAAGUUCAAUAAUGGCAGUGCGCCUACGUUUCAAGACUUUAUUCGCAUUGGCGACUUUGACGAACACGGCUACAAUUCGACGUACAUGUGUGGAAAUGUUACUGCCAGUCGAGUUUAUCGCCGCUUACAUUGAGCCUUGGAACGCUGGAAUAAUUUUUCUUUGUUUUUUUUGCGGUAAAACUUCUGAUUUGGGGCUUGCAAUUUUAGUUUAUUCUUUUUUCUCUGGAUGGUAGAGUGCGGUACACUGUGAUCAUCUAAGCGAUACUUAACAUGGGAAGACUGACGUAACUGAAUUCCUUCAUUUUAUUAUUGUGUUUUUCCUGUGUAUGAUCAGUUUUGUUAAUACGAUUCAAUUUUUUGCGCAUAAAGGUUACUGAGAUCGGAA